AUGGAAGACGGCGAGCUUGGUUUCUCGAACCAGGAAGUAUUGGCUGCAACGAAGCUUCAGUGCCAACGUAUUGGCUGCAACGCCAUGUUCACCCAUGACGACAAUCCAGACGGUGCUUGUCAGUUUCAUGCGUCUCCAUUUUUUCACGAUGGAAUGAAAGAGUGGAGCUGCUGCAAGCAAAGAAGUCAUGAUUUCAGUUUGUUCUUGGAAAUUCCAGGAUGUAAAACAGGUAAACACACAACCGAGAAACCGGUUCUGGCCAAACCGGCUCCAAGACAUCCUGUUGCGGUUCCUACUUCAUCUCCAGAUGCCAAUGCAGCAACAAAAGGCUCUUGCUCCAGAUGCCGGCAAGGCUUCUUCUGCUCAGACCAUGGUUCCCAACCCAAAGAACAAAUUAGGCAGACCCUGACCACGCCAGUACAAGUGCAAGAAGAAGAGAUUAAUUCCAUAGCACCACCUCCAGUAAAAAAGGUUGUUAUAGACAUUAAUCAACCGCAAGUCUGCAAAAACAACGGAUGUGGCAAAACUUUCAAAGAGAGAGACAAUCACGAGACUGCAUGUAGCUAUCAUCCAGGUCCUGCGGUCUUCCAUGACAGACUAAGAGGGUGGAAAUGCUGCGAUGUACAUGUGAAGGAGUUUGACGAGUUCAUGGAAAUACCUCCGUGCACUAAAGGUUGGCACAGCAGCAGCCCAGAUCAAGCAGUCUGA